GGGUCAUAGAAAGUAAAUUCAAGCUCUCUCUCGACGACCCAGACGCGUCUCUCUCGUCGUGGAACUCAAGGGACGCCACCCCUUGCAACUGGUAUGGAGUGACAUGUGCCGGCGACACUUCGAACACCACUGUAACAGCAUUUGACCUGUCGGACACCAACAUCGGAGGCCCAUUCCUCACCAACAUUCUCUGUCGUCUCCCCAACCUCCUUUCCAUAAACCUCUUAAACAACUCCAUCAACCAAACGCUCCCUCUCGACAUCUCCCUCUGCCGCAAUCUCCGCCACCUCGACCUCUCCCAGAACCUCCUCACCGGUCUCCUCCCUGCCACGCUCCCGCUUCUCCCCAAUCUCCGCCACCUCGACCUCUCCCGCUCCUCCCCAACCUCCCGCUUCUCCGGCCCCAUCCCGGACUCCUUCGGAACCUUCCAGAACCUCCAAGUCCUCUCCCUCGUCUCCAAUCUUCUAGAAGGCACCAUCCCCCCCUCCUUGGGCAAUGUAUCCUCUUUGAAAAUGCUCAACCUCUCUUACAACCCCUUCUUCCCGGGUUGGAUCCCUCCAGAGCUUGGGAACUUUACCAACCUCGAGGUUCUCUGGCUUACCCAAUGCAACCUCGUUGGCGUCAUUCCAACUUCUCUCGGGAACCUCAACAAACUACAGGACCUCAACCUCGCGCUCGUUAUUAAUAUCAGGGUGCGGAAAACCUGGGAUAGUUAG